GGCGGGCUCCACUCCCCUUUCGAAUCCCGAACGGUGCUGAUGACGAACACAGGGAGCGACGGACGUACACACGCCCCGCGCUCGCACGACAGUACCGUGCAGGGAGCGGGAGGGAGCCUCGGUCCGUCACCGGCGCGACCAGCGUUUCGCGUCCUCCACUCCCUGCGCUCCCGCCACUUCGGCAACCCGACACCCGCCUACCGCCUCCGUCCGAGGCCUCCGCCGCUGCGAGGCUCGCGGCUUCCCUCCUGUCUCUUUAAAUGGUGGGGCCAAUGGGCCGCCCCUGCAGCUGCUACCGGGGUGGCCCCGCGCGCCGCUAUUGAGGGGCGAACCAAGAUGGCGGCGGCUUUGGCUCCGUGAGGAAGACGGAAGAGGCGACGGAAGAGGCGGCGGCGGCAGCGGAAGAGGCGGCGGCGGCGGCAGCGGCGGAGGGAAAAGGACUCCCAGUAGCCAAGAGCGCUCGUGCGCCAGGGGGCUCUCGGAGUCUCCCGCGUAGUGGUGGCAGCUGCAGCAGGACCAGGCGCCGGUCGGCUUCGGACAUUUGAAGCAGGGGAGCGGAGCGCAGUCCCCGGCUGCGGUGGCAGGGCCAGGUAUAAGGAAGGAAAACAUGGCGGCGGCGGCCUGAGGAGGCGGCGGCGGCGCGGGAAGCAGCUUCACGGAGAUCAUGGCGGAGGCGGGAGCAGGGCAGUGAACGGCGCCGCGAGUUCCUAGCGCGGCGGGGCGGGAGGCUGCGAAGCGCUGCGUGGCCCCCUCGGGGCGGCCGGCCUCGCCGGGCCUGGACAAUAGCGCCGAGGAGCCGGAGGCGAGGAAAGGCGGGGGCCAGAGCUCAGGCCCGGCGGCGGGCCAUGAGGGCGGCAGCGCGGCCCCGGGGCGGCCAGCGGCGGCAGUGAGGCCGGGGAGCCCUCCGCUCGUGGGCGUCCUCUCGCCUCGGCUCCCGCCUUCCCCGGACCCCCUUCCCGGGCGACUCCGGCGGGGCCUUUGCCCCGGCCCCCGGGCGGCACGAUGACCGACACCCGGCGCCGGGUGAAGGUUUACACACUCAACGAGGACCGGCAGUGGGACGACCGGGGCACCGGGCAUGUGUCGUCCGGCUACGUGGAGCGGCUGAAGGGCAUGUCCCUGCUUGUCAGGGCCGAGAGUGACGGUUCUCUACUUUUAGAGUCCAAAAUAAAUCCUAAUACUGCAUACCAGAAACAACAGGACACUUUGAUUGUGUGGUCUGAAGCAGAAAAUUAUGACUUGGCCCUUAGCUUUCAAGAAAAAGCUGGAUGUGAUGAAAUUUGGGAGAAAAUAUGUCAGGUUCAAGGAAAGGACCCAUCAGUGGACAUCACUCAGGACCUUGUAGAUGAGUCUGAAGAGGAGCGUUUUGAUGAUAUGUCAUCGCCAGGUUUAGAAUUGCCAUCUUGUGAAUUAAGUCGCCUUGAGGAAAUUGCAGAACUUGUGGCAUCAUCUUUACCUUCCCCCCUGCGUCGUGAAAAACUUGCACUAGCACUGGAAAAUGAGGGUUACAUUAAAAAGCUCUUAGAGCUUUUUCAUGUGUGUGAGGAUUUGGAAAAUAUUGAAGGACUGCACCACUUGUAUGAAAUUAUCAAAGGCAUCUUCCUCUUGAAUCGAACUGCUCUUUUUGAAGUUAUGUUCUCUGAGGAAUGUAUAAUGGACGUCAUUGGAUGCUUAGAGUAUGAUCCUGCUUUAUCACAACCACGAAAACAUAGGGAAUUUCUAACAAAAACAGCCAAGUUUAAAGAAGUGAUUCCCAUAUCAGAUCCUGAGCUGAAACAAAAAAUUCAUCAGACAUACCGAGUUCAGUAUAUACAAGACAUGGUUCUACCUACCCCUUCAGUCUUUGAAGAAAAUAUGUUAUCAACACUUCACUCUUUUAUCUUUUUCAAUAAGGUAGAAAUUGUUGGUAUGUUACAGGAAGAUGAAAAAUUUCUGACAGAUUUGUUUGCACAGCUAACAGAUGAAGCAACAGAUGAGGAAAAAAGACAGGAAUUGGUUAACUUUUUAAAAGAAUUUUGUGCGUUCUCCCAAACGCUACAACCUCAAAACAGAGAUGCUUUUUUCAAGACUUUGUCAAACAUGGGUAUAUUACCAGCUUUAGAAGUCAUCCUUGGCAUGGAUGAUACACAGGUGCGAAGUGCUGCUACUGAUAUAUUCUCAUACUUGGUUGAAUAUAAUCCAUCCAUGGUACGAGAGUUUGUCAUGCAGGAGGCACAACAGAAUGAUGAUGUAAGUAAGAAGUUAACAGAGCAAAAAAUAACCAACAAGGAUAUUUUGCUCAUCAACCUCAUUAUAGAACAUAUGAUUUGUGAUACAGACCCUGAACUUGGAGGAGCAGUCCAGCUUAUGGGCCUCCUUCGAACAUUAGUUGACCCAGAAAACAUGUUAGCUACUGCCAAUAAAACAGAAAAGACUGAAUUUCUGGGUUUCUUCUACAAGCACUGUAUGCAUGUCCUUACUGCUCCCUUACUGGCAAAUACAACAGAAGACAAACCUAGCAAAGAUGAUUUUCAGACUGCCCAGUUGUUGGCACUUGUAUUGGAAUUGUUAACAUUUUGUGUGGAGCACCAUACCUACCACAUAAAGAACUACAUUAUUAAUAAGGACAUUCUCCGGAGAGUGUUAGUUCUUAUGGCCUCGAAGCAUGCUUUCUUGGCAUUAUGUGCUCUUCGUUUUAAGAGAAAGAUUAUUGGAUUAAAAGAUGAGUUUUACAACCGCUAUAUAAUGAAAAGUUUUUUGUUUGAACCAGUAGUCAAAGCAUUUCUCAACAAUGGAUCCCGCUACAAUCUGAUGAACUCUGCCAUAAUAGAAAUGUUUGAAUUUAUUAGAGUGGAAGAUAUAAAAUCAUUAACUGCUCAUGUAAUUGAAAAUUACUGGAAAGCAUUGGAAGAUGUAGAUUAUGUACAAACAUUUAAAGGAUUGAAACUGAGAUUUGAACAACAAAGAGAAAGGCAAGAUAAUCCCAAACUUGACAGUAUGCGUUCCAUUUUGAGGAAUCAUAGAUAUCGAAGAGACGCCAGAACACUAGAAGAUGAAGAGGAGAUGUGGUUCAACACAGAUGAAGAUGACAUGGAAGAUGGAGAAGCUGUCGUGUCUCCAUCUGACAAAACUAAGAGUGAUGAUGACAUUAUGGAUCCAAUAAGUAAAUUCAUGGAGAGGAAGAAAUUAAAAGAAAGUGAGGAAAAGGAGGUGCUUCUGAAAACGAAUCUUUCUGGUCGGCAGAGCCCAAGUUUCAAGCUUUCCCUCUCUAGUGGAACAAAGACUACCCUCUCCAGCCAGUCACCUGCAACAAAUCUGCCUGGUUCUCCAGGCUCACCUGGAUCCCCAGGAUCUCCAGGCUCUCCUGGAUCCAUCCCUAAAAAUACAUCUCAGACGGCAGCUAUUACUACCAAGGAAGGAUCACAAUUUUACCACCAAAAAUGUAGGAAAGACAUAAUCUCAGAAAAAACCAAUUCUUUUGGCUGCCUUAUGUUUCCCUGGACUAGCAGUUAACAGACUGGCAUUUGGGAUUCAUUGAUCUACAUCAAGACUAAAGGAGGCCUCGUGGGUCUGGUAGAUUAUCCUGAUGAUGAUGAGGAUGAUGAUGAGGACGAAGACAAGGAAGACACGCUCCCUUUGUCAAAGAAAGCAAAGUUUGAGUCAUAAUGGCAGCUGCCUGUGAUCAGUACCUGUUGAGAAAACUGGUUCUCUACCCCUCCCCACUACAAAUCUAUAACAAAGCAGUGGCCUCUUGUGAAUGACUGAUACAGCUCAGCUCGCACACUUGACUUCUGCUCAUCAAGUGCCAAUUCAGUGGAGCAGGAGGAGGGGAUAAUUACACAUUUAGGGGGAAGACUUACACCUUCGAGGUCUAAGCUUGGACCACACAUUGCCCUUUUCUCAGGGAAGGAAAUGGAAACGAAAAGCCAACAGGGCAGGGGUUUUGUAAGUGGAACUCUGGAUUGACUGGUCAGUUGCUACAAUCAGAAUAUGCUUUCUCGGACCAUGUUUGAGACUCAGAAGAAUAGGCUUUUCUGCCCUAAUUCUUCACUAGUUAAGAAUGCCAGCAGUUUCUUUGUAUAAAGAGACCUGCCUUUAAAAUCGUACAUUCUGAACAUUUUAGUCAAGCUACAGCAGGUUUGGAAAAACCUCUUUGGGGGAGGGGCGAAUAUGAGGUUUCCUCUUUUUUAAUCUGUUCCCUUUGCCCUUCAAACUGCAGAUUUUUUUUUUAAGUGGGGAUUUGUCCCUACUUGAUUAAAGAUUGAGUGGAAUUCUAGAUGUGGUCAUUUGUGUCAUAAUUUUUUUUGUUUCAUUUUGUUUUUGAUUUUUUUUUUUCUCCUGAGUGUAUCCUUAGUUGUUGAGUAUAUAUAUUUGGGACCAUUAAAAACUUUUUUGAUGUAAUAUAA